AUGGACUCUUUGCCGCACGACUUUCAGAGAUCCGGCACGCUCAUAGCGUCUCUUAACACGCGCGCUAUCCAAACAGCUCAGGAGCUUGAUGUAAUAAUCUUGCAGUUGCUCCAGGACCAAGAAUACGACCCUGUGGAUACAUCUACCGACAUUAACAAUAAUGUUAGAUCUUUAUGUGACUCAGAAGCUGGCGACUUUGAUGAUUCCAUACAUGACCCACUCCCUAAACUUUUAUCGCUAUACAGUGACCUUCGGUUUCUUCGCUCCAACUCUUACGCUGAGUCGGUUCGUAUGAAUUCUGCAAUUGAAAGCUCUCAGUUACACAUUGCCUCUGAGAUUCAUCGAAUACAAACUUAUCUUAAAAGCGACGCCGCCAAAGAUCUUAUUCGACGGAUAGAAUAUCUACACAAAGAUGACACUAGCGACAUAACCAAAGACUUGGAAAAACUUAAAAUAUACAACAAAUCACCACUCCAGGCAUUCCAGAUUUUAAACGAAGCUGAACAAUCGUCCGAAGAAGAAGAUCAAAGCGACGAAGAACUUACCAAUUUAAUAGAUAAAAGACUACACGAUAUGGAAUCUUCUGAUGACGAUGAUUUUUCCGAAUUCUUUAAGUUUCUUGAUGACGAAGAGCCUAAUACCAAAAAAGAAGAAGAGAAAAAUGAGAAAGAAGAAAGAUCUAAAAAAACAAGUGAAACUUUAAACAUCAAAACAGAAGCUCAAUCAAAUAAUGAGGAAAAUCCAGAAAAGGAACAUGGUAACUACACGCGCAGUUUUCAGCUUUUGAACCUUCCAAGAGGCAGACGACGUACUCGAGCGAGCCAAGCAGCAGCUAAGGACUUUGAAGUUGAUGUCAAGUUCAUUGAAAGUGAAGAAAACCAGGCCUUUUUAAAACGUCAAGUGGCUGUAAUUGAGAAGCUUCUUGAUUUAGGUGUUACCAAAGAGCCCGACAAUCUUCUUCCUCGACUCAUGGAAAAAGGAAAUAUCCCAGCCGAAGACGCUCUAUCUCAAUUAGAAAAAGUCAAAGUCAUUGAGGAUCUUUUUUUCCUUGGAUUAAUUGGAUUUGAUAAAGAAAAACCACCAAAACCAUCAAAUUUACCAGCACACUUUACCAAGGCUUUUAAAGGACGUGGGAAAACAUCUAAAGCCAAAACUAAAGAUACUCCAGUAGAACAAGAAUUACUAAACGAGUCAUCACAAGAACUACCAAGACAAAAAAUGGAUAAACCUUCUGACGAACAGUUACAAGAGUCAUCACAUGAACAAGAAAAUAAAGACCACAGCCUGAUUAAUACUACUCAACAAUUCCGAGAUAAAGAAUCUGAUGACCUUCCGGAGGUUUCUGAUUCUUCAAUAAAAAAUUCACCUACAACACUAAAUCAAACUACAACAAAUUUUGAUGCUUUCAAUUCUCCUAUACAGUCCCAGCAUAACCAAGGACUUAUCGAUGUUACUAACCAGCCCGAAAACAUGGAAUUACAACUUCAUGAUUUUUCUCAAGAUUCGCAAUUUGAUCAACAAGUUGGUGAUAGUCUUAACGUUGUCGCUUCUUACCUGCCUAAAAAACAUAGCCAUACAGAUGCAGCAGCUAUAGAUAAAUCACCUACUCUUGUUAAUUAUAACAAUCACUUAAAAUAUUUUGAAGAUUCUCAUCAUCACCCCUAUCCUCCCAAAGAUUCUAAUAAUACAAAUAUUUAUGGUCAUGAAUCUACUGAAGACCCUAAUAGCUCUAAUCGUCACCAUUCUCACAGUCAUGAGCAAACUGGAUCACCAGAAUCUUCUGCCAUUACUCAUCGGGAGGCUGAUCUGUUAGCACCAAACGAUUAUUCACUUGGCGUUACUGAAUCCGAAAGCACAACUGCAAACUAUGCGGAUCCCACUAUCAAAGAUACAGAAAUGGAUAACUUGUCGAAAUCUAUGGGUAGCCCUUUUAUCGUUGUCAAUAGUCCUGUUACUGGAGAAUAUUCACAAGUCACCUCUUACGACGCUCAAUUACCUCUUUUCUCUACAGUCAACAAUAAAGAUCAACCAUUCCAACCUUCUUUUCCCGCAAAUACACCAUUAGUGGAUUCACAUUCUUUUGAAGAUGUAAUUGAUCCGAUGCUAGAAGCUGAAGGUACUAGUUUUGUUAACAAGUCUGAUAAGGAUCUGAAACAAGAAAUUGUUGAGCAGCCUGGAGACGGAGAUACCACUGAAUCUGAACAUAACGAGCACCAAGGGGUUUCCCCACCCUUAGAAGAUAAUCACGAUAUGGGCCUUCUUCAGACAAGCUUUUCAGAGCAUUCGCAUGAUAAUGGAAGUCACUUGGAAACUUACGCUAAACCGUAUUUUCCUUUCGAAAGUGCUGUUUUGGAAUACACUGAAGAGAACGACCAAAACUAUCGGCCAGUUGUGAAUAAGAUAGAUAAUUUAAAAGUUGAUCGAGAGCUUCACCACACAAGUGCUCCAGAUUCCAAUAAAUUCUCUAAUGACAAAGAUAAUAGUGAUUCCAAUAAAACUGAGACUAUGGUUGGCGGGGAGGAUAAUGAUGAUCAAACCAUAGAAUCCUCAGUGUACCCUGAAAAAGUAACAACGGAAGUCAAUGAUUUGCCCCAGGCUAUUGAUUUAAAUUAUUCAUUAAGCAAGCCUAUUUCAGAUCCUAUUUCAGAUCCUUCUCCUGACGAUUUUGGUAAUGCUUCUGAAAACAAACAGAUUAAUUUUGAAGCUGAAACCAGACUUUUUGAGACAGGGAAUCUUUCCAAAGAAACAGCUGAGCCAUCCCAAGAUCUUGGACUCAAUGAUACUCCUGCCCAAAGUUUAAGAAUUGUUUCUAACAGUGAAGCUUUUGAACUGCGUAAAGAUUUAGACGACUUUGACAAUGCUGAAAACUUGAUUCCAGUUAACCGCGAGGAAUUAGAAGCAAUUGCUAAAAUUUCUGCCGAAUCUAUGGAUGAUGUUAAGCUAGCUGAUACUGCUUCUGAAACCAAAUCUGAGGUUGAAAGAAUUUAUAGUCCUGAUCCUAUUGAAGCUAAUGAGCUUAUUGCUUCAGAAGAACCUAAAGAAAACACUAAUGUUUCGCCUGUUAAUAAUUCCAUUAUCUUGGAAAAUGUAAGGGCUGAUGAACCCUUCGAAUCUGUGGUGGAAGUAAAAGAAAACUCUUACAGUAUAAUUGAAGUCUCUGAAGUUUCUGAACAUGUGGAGCCUUCUGAUGCAGCUAGAGACCCCGAUGUUUCUACUGCUAAGCCCAUUGAAGUCACUCUACCAUCAACCUCUGGAUUGAAAACGCCUGUUUCAAAAGCACCAAUGAACUCUACGUCUUUUCCAAAUUCGCCUUCUAUUUAUUCUGAAUUAUCGGAAUUAUCUGAUAUCUCUUACUCGAUUGAUUUCAGCCCAAUAAUUAACGAUUCAGAAUUAAAAGCAACAGCGUCUAUUCUUACUAAAGUUUCUGAUACCGCUAAUGAUGCCGAGGAUUUAUCAGUUGUCAAUACAACAAAUGCUAUUCUACCUACUGAUUCUUCUUCUCCUACACUUAACAGCUCCAAUCGUUCUUUGAUUGAGUUAUCUAGACCAAACAUUAGUGUAGCUGAAACUCCAGGUCCAAUAAGUCGAAAAUCAAAAUUAAGAAUAUCCACACUUGCAGAAAAUUUUGAAGAAGUUGAAACUAAUAAUAAAAAGGCAGUCCAACAGUCUACAUUUAUUGAAGAAACCAAAAAGCAUCAAGAUGGUAUUGCUUCUAAUGUUCCGCAAGAUUCUCCUUUAAAAUCCCAAGCUGCAAUUUUACAGGGUAACACUUCUGAUAAAUUGCAUCCAUCUUUGACUUUAGAGGAAAAUAUAUCUUUAUCUGAUUUUGAAGCAUAUAACGAUUCCCAACCUUUAGAGGCAGCUAUAACUAUUUUACCUGACUUUCAAUCAUCUCCUAAAACUUCUACUCUUGAGAAUCAGUCUAAGUCAGAUGAAAACAAUUUUAACUUUUCUGGCGUGGGCCAGGGCUUAAAUCUAAAAGCCAAUGUGCCAGUCGUUAUUUCUACUAGUGUCACUGUUACCCAAUCUAAUAGUGACGAUAUUAAAUUAUCAACUGACCAACAAGAAACUUCUCCCAUUACUGAGAAAAUUCCAGAAAAAGAUCUAACUGCAUCAUUGAAAAUCUCACCCAAAAAAGUUUCACUUGAAAAGGAACCUGAGUUUUCUACAUCAGCUUCUGUUCUUCCAUGUUUUGAGCAAACUUUGACUGUUUCAAAAGAAAAAAAUCAACAUACUGAAGAAGAUUCUGCUAAAUCUUCUAAAGCAGUUAGUUCUAUUUCUGUUAAUAUUUUUAGUAAUUUACUCAAUGGUGAAAAUGAUACUAUUGAAUCUAAAAACGAAGAUUCUGAGAACGGCAAAUCCUCUAACAAGGUUUUGUCUUCAGAUCAAACUUUGGGUGUUAACAUUGAUACAGCUCCUGUAACUAAGUCUUUUGAAGCUGAAGUUAAUCCACAAGAUAAACUCCCAAAGCCUGAGCCUGUUGAUAGAGAAAAUGCUGAAACUGACAGGGAGGAAGAGGAGGAAGAGGCAACAAAAGUUGGUGUGGGGAAUACUGCUGAAGGUGGUGACAACACAAUUGAAAAAAGUUUUAUUUUAAACAGCAUUCUUGAUAAUCCUGGUCAACAAGCUGAUCAUAUUGAUACUUCUGCAGUGAAGACAGAAAUUGCGGAUACAAACAAGGUUGAAUCUGUUGUUUUAAAAGAAAAACCGGAAAGCAAAGGUGAUUUAGCACAAGAAGUACCAGUAGUUUUGGAAGAACAAAGAAAGUCAAAAGGGUCAGAAGUGCCAGAAGUGCCAGAAGUGCCAGAAGUGCCAGAAGUGCCAGAGGUGCCAGAGAAAUCAAAAGAGUCAAAUGAUUUAAAGGUAAAGGACAAUGAAGCACCAGAGGCAUCCAGUGCACCAAAAACCCCAAAAACCCCAAAAACUCCAAAAACUCCAAAAACCUUAAAAACUCUAAAAUCCUCCAAAAUCCCCAAAACUCCAAAAACUCCAAAGGCACUAAAAGCUUCAGAAGGGACAGAAGCAUCUGAGACACCUGAAGUUCCAGAAACUACUAAGAUAUUAGAGCCAUUAGAGGCAAUUGGGGCCUCUAAAGAGUCUGAAACACCUGGAGCACUUGAAGAACUUGAAGCAUCUAAAAUUUCUGUCAUAUUUCAAACCCAUGAAGAAUCGGAAGCACUUGAGCCAACCAAAGCUUUCGAAGCUUCUAAACAGUCGGAAGCAACUAUAGCAACUAUAGCAACAACUGAAGCACUCGAAGUUCCUGAAGUACCCGAAGUACCUGAAGCACCCGAAGCACCCGAAGCACCCGAAGCACCCGAAGCACCCGAAGCACCCGAAAUAUCAAAAGCAUCUAAAGUACCUGAAACCCGGCUUUCUGGUAAAAAACGCAAAGCUCAAGACAUUUCACAAAAUUUAAAUUCACCUAAAAAAGGACGACCCACUCGACAAAAAAAUUCCGGUGAGUCGGAAUCCUCAGAGCAAUCUUUACAAAAAGAAGAUACUUUAUCAGGUCCAGAAAACCAAGAAGUAAAAAAGAGCACUACAGACUUAGGAGAAUCACCAAGAGGUGGUCGAGGCGGUCGCGGUGGUAGAGGUGGUCGAGGCGGUCGUGGUGGUCGUGGUGGUCGAGGUGGUCGAGGAGGUCGAGGUCGAGGACGACCUCCCAAAACAGUUCCAGAAAGUCUUCCUAAUGUUCAGCAAAAAUCAAAAGAAACUGGGGAAACCAAAGACGAUGAGCCAGUUUUUGGAUUAAACGCUGAAAUUGAUCCAAAUUUAUUAAAGUCGUCACCGCCUGGAAACGACACUAUUGUAUCACCGGCUGCAGCACCUACCAUUGCUACAAAUGGUUCACUGCCAAAUUUUAUUCCAGUACAACCGACACCGUUUCCAGAAACUAUGAAUUCGUUGUCUCUGCCUUUUUUUGAAAAUUCACUGAAAGUCGAGAAUCCGCCUAGUUAUAUUUCUACAUUAACCACUGGCGUUACUUCUGCAAUUCCUGCUGCUGCUGCUGCUGCUGCUGCCACAGUACAGGUUCCUGUUUCAAUUGAGAAUUCAAAAGCUGUUUUACCAAAAAAUACUGAUAACUCAAAAACUGAGAAAACACAAACUUUAGAAAAAAAUGCUACACAAACUAUCGAACAGGAGAAAAAAGAAACGCCAGUCAAACAAACUACUGGUCGUGGUCGGGGACGUAAACGCAAGGUUUCUGAAUUACCCGGUGAGGCGGGUGGUGAUACCAAAACUGUUUUUAAGUCUAAAGAAGAAGGGUCGAAUGCUUCUGAAUCCAAAAAUGAGUCAGCACAUGAGGCCAAUUCUGGGUCUUUUCCUGCUGUGUCUGAUAAAAAGCUGGUACCUGAUGAAGGAACUGGCUAUAGAAUCCUUCGCUCAAAUACCUCACCAGCAUCUGAGAACAAGACAGAGGUAAAAGCUGAGGCUAGCACUUUUCCAGCUGAGUCUAAGUCUGAGCCUGGCAAGGAAUCCCAAAAGCUUUCUGAAAAGAAGCCUGUUCGGGGGAGAAAGAGGAAAAAUCCUGAAGAAGCUGAUACUGAAACUAAUUCUACCUCUAAAAAACAAACAACUCGCAAUCCACGUUCUAAUGUUAAAGCCAAAGAAGGUAUCAAGUCUGCUUCGGCAUCUCCCCAACCUGAAUCUGUCGAAUUACCUGCAUUUGAAUCAUUACCUGCCAAGUCUGCGAGAAUUAUUAUAAAGUCUUUUGCUGAUAAUAAUGGGAAGAGAUCACCUUCUAAAUUUGGACCUAAACCUGGCCCUAGAUCCACUUUUAAGUCUACAAUAUCAACAGCUAAAUCCACAGCUAAAUCGAAUCCUACAACUGUACCCAAACCUACAUCCAAACCUCCUGCUAAACCUACUGUUAAAUCUACACUCAAGAUUUCAGUGAAAUCUGUAAAGGCAGAUGAAUCCACAGUUAAGUCUAAAGCACCACCAAAACGUAAGAGGCUUUAUUGUAUUUGCAACAGAGACAGCUCUAUUGGUGACAUGGUACAAUGUGAUAAUAAAAAAGACUGCAAGUAUCAGUGGAUGCACCAAGCCUGCUUGGACCCAAGUGAUCGAGAUUUUCAAGGUCGCUGGUACUGUCCAGCUUGUCGCAAAUCGCCUUCUGAACCCCAUGUUUUCAAAGAUUCUCAAGCUUCUGCCUCAAAUAAACCUAAGCCCCGAAAAGACACACCUCAGCCAACAGAAGCACAGGAUUCCGAGAAUACAUUGCAUUCGAAUUUAUUAGCUUUUGGAAAGCUACCACGCAAACAACCGACUUAUAGGUCGAAAAAGAAAAAGGUUGAUUAA